AUGGCUGCAACGACUGUCACGAGCCAAGGCGCUUUCAUGCUCAACGACCAGAUGUACCCUUUCAGUGUCCAGAGCUGGAGUCCGGAGCAGCUCUUUGAGCUCCGGAUACAGUUGCCAAAGACCAACAAAGCAUAUUGCAGCGCUUUUGGCGACGCACCUAAAGGACCUAUCUGCAAAGCUGAAGGACUGAAGACCAUUUCGGAGCAUCAAGUUCUCCAAGUGAACGCCGUCAGGUCUCUGCAGACGCUCGCUAUCGAUUCGGAUAAUGAAUCGGUAGACGCGAUCGUACGCCAGUGUUGCAGCGCUUUCUAUUCGUUCACCUCUCAAGGCUGGGUCACAGCUCGCAAGCUCAAGCUAGGCGAGGCAGUGUAUACCUUCAACUGUGCAGCCGGAAAGCGGCCCAUACCUGAAGCGCCCUUCCAAUGUCAAGACAUCUUUGAUCAUCAAGAGGUUUACGAGACCCACAGUACAGUGGCGAAUCAGGACGCGCGCGUGCCAAUCUGGACCUUAGGCGUUCAUCACGGUUGUAGCCAUGUUCCCGUCGAAGAUGGCAGCGCAAGUCAGCAGUAA